CCCCAAACUUACAAAGUCUUCAAGCUCUUGAAGUUGAAUGUGUUUCGUCUGGAUAAUUUUUCUCUCUAUUUUUUUUGGCUCUUAGAGAAGGAGGAAUCUGUUAUAUGAGCAACAAUUAAAGGAAUGGAAAUUCAAGAAGCAGAAGAAAUUGGGGAACCAUUAGCUGCGUCAUUUCGAACCGUUGCAGUGGCUGUCAAUGGAUCUAAAAGAAGUAAACGUGUAGUGCAGUGGGCUUUGAAAAAAUUUGUCCCCGAAGGAAUGGUCCAUUUCAGGCUUUUGUAUGUUCGCCCUGAGAUAACCAGUGUUCCAACAGCAAUGGGAAAUUAUAUUCCUAUUUCCAAAGUGAGGGAUGACAUAGCCUUUGCAUACAAGAAAGAAGUAGAGUGGCAAGCGAAUUCAAUGCUUCUCACUUACAAGCAUUUGUUUGCUGGUAGAAAGGUAGAAGUUACAAAUGUUGUUAUUGAAGCAGAUGAUGUUGCUGAUGCUUUAUCAAACGAGAUUGCAAAACUAAAGAUUAAAGUACUUGUUGUAGGAGCUUCUUCUCAAACUCUCUUUAGCAGGAAGGGAAACAAACUAUCUUCUAAAAUUGCAGGAUCCAGUCCUAGCUUCUGUACAGUGUAUGUAGUUUCCAAUGGUAAGCUAGCUUCCAUCCGUGCAGCGAUAUCAGCAGUAUAUGAGAUGACAAAUGAUGAAAAUUGCUCAAGUCCUGCUAUGUCCUUUUCUGCUGGCUCUUCCAUAGGACAAUCUGAUGACGUUGCAGUGAAUCCCUUUAUACAUGAAGUCACUUCUCCAACUAUUCAGCAUGACCAAUUUAUUUCAAACAUGAAUGAUAGUUUUGACAGUAGGAGUAGCUUUGAUGCCAUCGAUAAUAGCUCAUCUUUUUUUGCUGCUGCAAGCAUUUCCAGUUCUUCUACCAGCCUCUCAAAUGUAGAUUUUCAUAACCGCAUGAUUGGUAGUUUCAGUAGUUCCUUUGUUGCAGAUUCUUUAAUAGUGGAUAAUAUUCGAGCCGACUUAAAAAACUCUGCGGACCAGAUUGAUAUCAAUUUGGAGCUUCAUAAGCUAAGGAUUGAGCUCAGACACCAUCAGGAUUAUCUGGACACGGUAGACGGUUUGCAGAAUGAAUCAUUUGAUACUUCUGAUCAAUUGAAUGCGAGCCACAUGAAGGCAGAGGCUAAACUCAAAGAAAUGGAGCACACAGAAGAGGAAACCAGUGAAUUGACUGUGCAAGUGACAAGAAGUCUUGAAGCAGCAGAAAGAGAGGUUGAGGAUAUGGAGUUUGUCAGAAAGGAAAUCUUUCUGAGAGCUGAUGCAGAGGAGAGUGCUGCUCAUGCGUCUUGUGAGAAUCUAAGGCAUACAAUGAAAGUUUUACCUAAUGUGGAACCAUUUAAAAUAUAUACAUGGGAGGAGAUAAAAUCUGCCACCUCAGCAUUCUCUGAUACUCUAAAGAUUGGAAUGGGAGCAAUUGGCUCAGUUUACAAGGGUACUUUCCAUCAUACAGUUGCGGCUGUAAAAAUUCUUCAUUCAAAUGAAGCCCACGGAAACAAACAAUUUAAGCAAGAGCUUGAUAUCCUUGGUAGAAUUUGCCAUCCUCAUCUCCUGCUGCUUAUUGGUGCCUGUCCUGAUAAAGGUUGCCUUGUGUAUGAAUAUAUGGAAAAUGGAAGUCUUGAUGACAGGCUACAAUGCAAAGAUAACACGCCUCCACUACCUUGGUUCGACAGAUUCCGGAUAGCUUGGGAAGUUGCUUCUGCUCUUACUUUUCUUCACAAUUCCAAGCCUGAACCAAUCAUCCACCGUGAUCUCAAGCCUGCAAAUAUUCUACUUGAUUGUAAUUUUGUUUGCAAAAUUGGUGAUGUUGGCCUAUCUACUUUACUUCCUACUGUGAACUUCUCAAUAUCUACAAUUUACAAGGACACUGCUCCUGUUGGAACUAUUUGCUACAUAGAUCCUGAGUACCAAAGAACUGGCCAAGUCUCCCCAAAAUCAGAUACGUAUGCUCUAGGAAUUGUUAUCUUACAACUGUUAACUGGUAAACCACCAAUAGGACUUGCUUAUAUUGUGGAAUUAGCUUUAGAAGAUGGUACUUUAUGUGAUAUCCUGGAUUCGAAGGCUGGAGAAUGGCCUGAAAAGGAGACACAAGAAUUAGCUCUUCUGGGUCUUAGUUGUGCUGAGAUACGGCGGAAAGAUAGGCCGAAUUUGGAGGAUCAGGUUCUUCCAGUUCUUGAAAGGUUGAGAAAGAGAGCAGAUGAAUGCAAAAGUUUAGCGAAUUGUCCUCCACCGACUCCUCCAAGUCAUUUCAUCUGUCCGAUACUUCAGGAGAUGAUGAAUGAUCCGUGCGUCGCAUCUGACGGCUACACGUAUGACCGCAAAGCCAUUGAGACAUGGCUGAGCAUGAAUGAUAAGUCACCAAUGACAAAUCUGCCGUUGUCCAGUGUAAAUCUGAUACCCAAUCACUCUCUUCGUUCUGCCAUACUUGAAUGGAAGUCUGUAGCAAAAUAACAAAGCUUAUUUGUUUUUCCUUAUGAUGCCAUUUUGGUGGAGAGUUGAGUGUGAAAUUUUAUUUACAUGUUGAUGGUUUGAGCUCUGUUCAACCUUUACAGACCCAGUUGGAUCUACUUUGUAGGCUAGAGUUGUAUAUAUAUCAAUAAGUACAUGUAAAACUUGUUUUCCAGGAUCUUGAUAUAAUAAUGCGCUCUUACAUGAUUGUUUACUUGA